UUUUGUUGUUUAUAUUGUUUUUUAUUUUAGAUGAGGUGAUAAAUAAUUAAUAUAAGAAAAAUGUCUAUUAAUGUGGAUAUUAGAUUAAAGAGAGCAAAUAAAAUUUAUCAUGAAAAUGAAAUAGUUGCUGGAUUAAUUUUGUUACAAGCAAAUUCAGACAUUAAACAUGAUGGGAUUUUUCUUACAAUGGAAGGCUCAGUUAAUUUGCAAUUGAGUUCAAAAAAUGUUGGAAUUUUUGAAGCUUUUUAUAACUCUGUUAAGCCGAUUCAAUUAGUACAAUAUACAAUAGACGUAGCACCAGCAGGCAAAAUACCAAAUGGAAAAACAGAAAUUCCAUUUGAAUUGCCUCUGAAACCCAGAGGGUCAAAAAGUUUAUACGAAACGUAUCACGGAGUGUUUGUUAAUAUUCAAUAUGUAAUAAAGUGUGACAUUAAAAGAAGUUUUUUGGCCAAAGAUGUUAGUAAAUCACUGGAGUUUAUGAUCGAAGAUAGAACGCCGAUAGGUAAAGAAAUAAAACCACAAGAGCCUGUUAGACCAGUUACUUUUAAAAUAGUACCAGAGUCGCUGCAAAAUAUUAGAGAUAAAGCAAGUGUUCCUGAAUUUAUUAUUUCUGGACAGAUUGAUAAAGUUAUUUGUAAAUUAUCUGAACCACUUACUGGUCAAGUCAUCAUUGAGGAAACUGCAGCUCUAAUAAAAUCAAUUGAAUUGCAACUGGUGAGAGUUGAGACUUGUGGAUGUGCUGAAGGUUACUCUAGAGAUGCUACUGAGAUACAAAAUAUUCAAAUAGGAGAAGGAAAUGUUUGUACUGGUAUUCCUAUCCCUAUUUAUAUGAUUUUUCCACGACUAUUUACAUGCCCAACAUUAAAUACCAGUAAUUUUAAAAUAGAAUUUGAAGUCAAUCUUAUAGUUAUAUUUGAAGAUGAUUACUUAGUUACUGAAAAUUUUCCUAUCCUACUAAAUCGUCACUAAAAACUUAUUUUAAUUGAAAAUGUAUAAUUAAUUUUUAAAAAAUUUGUUUUUU